UUUUCAAGGUCGCGUCGUAACGCGCAGGGCACGGCGAGCUCCCAGGCGAAGAUCAACGCGCAGCCGAUCGAUCACAAAUCUGAACCAGCCUGCCACGGAUGGCAAAAAGUCGUCGUCGUCGUCGUCGGACGCGGCUCCCGGCAGCGCGUUUGCGCGCUACAAGCGUCUCAGCUACAUGAUGGCGCGCUCCACGCCCAACCUCGCCUCCGCAUCCUCCUCGUCCUCUUACGACGAGAAACCCUCAGCCGCCGUCGCCGCCGUCGCCGCGACGACGGCAGCAGAGCGGAAGCCGGCGCAGACGAAGCUGGUGCGACGCGCGUCGAUGUCGUCGUCGGACGCCGGGAAGUCGCCGAGCGGCGACCAAUCCGUGGCGCCCUCUGGCGGCAACGAGCAGCGCGUGCGAGCGAUGCUCAACAAGCAGCCGCCGUUCGACACGGUUGCCGCGGCGACGUCGCCGCUAGGCGAGUCGUCGUCGCCGACGAGGGGCCGUCCCGUCGUGCCGCCGCGCAAGAAGAACGUGUUCUCGCCGGGGGAACGGUCCCCGAUUGAGCUUCCCGUCAAGGACAUGUCGCCGAGCCCCGUGCGAAAGGUCGCCGAGGUCACGGGUCGCCCCCAGAGCGCGCCGGUGACGCCGAUGGAGAAGCGACUUCCCGAGCGGCCGAACCGUCAGCACGAGAUCUCGCCCAGAGAUCCGAAAGCUGAGACGGUCGAGUCGUGUGUGAAGGAACUUCACAGAGCUGUGUCCGAAGCUACUGACAUGUUCCACAAGGUGGCGCAGUCGGAGACACUAUCGCGGGACCAACAGGUCGGUCAGAUGAGGCAGCUAGUGGAGGCCGUUCCCAGCAGACUCACGACAUGGGUUGCAAGGUGCGCGUCUCAGCACAUAGAGACGCUGCCGAUCGUCGAGCUGAACUCUCUGCGCGCGACGCUCGCGCAGCAGGCCAGCGAUCCGAACUCCAGCGUUACUCUGCUGCAGCAGUACAAUGAGCUGCUCUUCAACCUGCUCAUGCACAAGAUGUCCGGCAAGAUGUACGCCGCCUCGUCCGUGUAGCCGUGGUGGCGGCGGCGGCAGCGGCAGAGGGAACCCGCGCGUUCCAGACGGUUCGACGCUGCACUGAAGAGACUCCUGCGCCGCGUUGUCCGCGUGGCGUGACGGCGGCGGCAGUGGGAACUCGCGCGUUUGUUGACGGUUUGACGCUGCGCUAAAUAGAUGUGUGCGCCGCGUUGUCCGCGAAGCCAUGAAGCGGCAACAUCAAUGGCGGCGAUGGCGGUAGUGGUGGGAACCUGCGCGUUUGUCGAUGGUUCGGCACUGCGCUAAAGAGAUGCCUGCACCGCAGCCUCUGCGUAGCGUACGGCAGAGAAACCGGCAGCUGCGGCGAUAACGCACGCGCGUUCGCAGCGGUACGACGCGGCAUUAACAAGAUGUCCGCUCUCGUCCUCGGUGUAGUGGUGGCAGCGGCGGAGAAACCGGCAGUUGCGGUGGUGACUCGCGCGCGUUCGCAGCGGUACGACGUGGCAUUGACAAGAUGUCCGCGACUUCCUAGGUGCCCCGCGGCUGCCUAGGUAACCCGCGGCUGCCUUGCGCGCGACGGUGACAAGACGCACACUGUUAAUGGUACGACGCGUCAUUUCGUGCGCGAGCAUUCUGCGCGUUACGUUCCGUCCGCGAGGAACGUUUAUGCCUUCGCGUGUUCGUGCACGACCGGCACUUGUUUGUGUGUUUCGGCGGCAGCAGGUGGCGUGACAGGUCGAGGGAGUCUUGGCGUCUCUGUCCGAGCGAGAUUCUGCUUGUGGCGGCACGUGCGGCAAGGGGGGGGGGGGCUGCGUCGAGUUACACACAGCUAUACAGAGGCAGCUUUCUUUUUCUUUUUUAUCACGAUUCUCAGCCGUCUUUGAGUGAUGAGCGACGGUUGCCAAUGUCACCACACCUUCGUGAGCGCAUGCUUUUUGACUAGGUGUGGAUAGUUUUCGUGCAGCUGAGAGGGAGAGGCGUCUUUUUGGGGGGGUGCAUUUAUUGCUGUGCUAUUGUCCGACUGGGGCCAGAGUCACGGCGUGGCAGCUCUGUUGAAUUGCAUUCAAGUUAUCAACCGUUCACUUACUAACGUUAACAACGAUAAUAUUUACAAAUAUUAACGAACUGUUUUGUCCGAUCGGAAGAAAAUAACAGGUACAUAAUUCAUUUGCAAAAACGUUUAAAACUGCAAUGUAAAUGCUAUUCAGUUUAUCUAUUGUGUAAUUUCGAUUCUAUAUAUGUAGCAAUCCGACUGUAUUCAGAGUGCGUAACCGUUAACUAGCGCUGCUGUGUUUAAUUGUAGGCAUUGCUUUCUGCAUAAAAACAUUGCCACAUUGCAACAACGCAUGCAUCUCUGAAUGUUUCCGCCUCUACCAAUGUGAUACAAAUUCAGUCCGGCCCGUGAGAGCGAAAUCAAAAUGCGAGUAACAGACUUGCGUAUUUUAAGGCUAGCACUUUUAUACUUGUUUUUCUAACGAGAGGAGAGCGUGUAUUUCGGGGGUUGUGAUCGCGCUGGGCUCUGCACUACGGGUUGCACCCAGGCGGCCAUCUUGCCACUAUUUAUCACGUAGUCUGCGUGGCAAUCGACGUAGCGGCUGGACGUUGGUGGUGUAGAUACAGUCCUGAGCUUUACGGCGCUGUAUACGCCGAUGAUAAUUAACACGGGCGGACGAGCGAUGGUACACUGCUCGCAGUUAUCACUGCGUGAGAGAGAGAGAGAGAGAGAGAGAGAGAGGGAGGGAGAGAGAGAGAGAGAGAGA